AUAAAAUCUUCAGUUUUGGUCAUAACAUUCAUUUUCACACUUGAAUAAACGAUUUUUAUAAAUUUAAUAACAGUAGACGACUGAUUUACAAUAAGUUCAAUAUAUUAUUUUUAAGUUGGUUGAUAGUUUAUAUAUAUUAAACCCCUUCUUCAAAAGAAAAAUGUCUUAAAUGAAACUAUAAGGUGUAAUGGCAACAAAUCAAAUGGAAAGAAUUUUCAGGAAUUUUAUACCAUAAGAAAAUCCAAAGAGUCUGAUACUACAAAAAUGUGGUUAUUAAUAAAAUGAAGCCUAGAGACCUAUGUGAUAUUGAUGACCUAGCUACAUCAUUAGUUAUUGAUGUGUAUCUUGGAUUUAACACCCAUAAAAUGGAUAUUAAUUUUAAAGAAAUGUACACAAGUAGAGCAAUUUUAAAACCUAUAAUUGAUGAAUUUAUUUUAAAUCAAGAUAGAAAAAAAGUUUUUGAAGCAUUCUGGAACAAAAGUUAUAUACCUAUACAUUUAUUUAAAGAAUCAUAUAAGAAAUUAGUUAAAGAUCAUAUUGAUAGAUAUAUAGGAAUUUUUUGCUCAGAUGCAGGUUUUAAGAUUGAACCAUGCCAUAGAUACUCAUUAGAGAAUAAAAUUGGUGCUAAAGUUUCUGCAACUACUUCUUGGUAUAAAGAUGAAGUAAUUCAUAGAUUAGUUGGUUGCGUAGCAAAAUUAACUGAACAAGAAGAAGAUGAAAUAUUACAUGUAGGUAAAAAUGAUUUUUCAGUAAUGUAUAGCUGUCGAAAAAAAUGUGCUCAACUUUGGUUAGGACCAGCAGCAUAUAUCAAUCAUGAUUGUCGAGCUAAUUGUAAAUUUGUUGCUAAUGAUAAAGGAACUGCUUUUGUUAAAGUUUUGAAAGAUAUAAAACCUGGCGAAGAAAUUACUUGUUUUUAUAGUGCUAACUUUUUUGGUGAAAAUAAUGCUAAUUGUGAAUGUAUAUCUUGUGAAAAAUUUUCUAAAGGUGCAUUUAAAACAAAUGAACAACAUAUAAAAGUUGGAAGAUAUAAUUUUAGACAAACUAAUAAUAGAAUAAAUCAAAUAUACAGAUCUCCUAAUAAAGAAAAACAAAUUAAAGUACCUAAAACUCCCAAGAAAAACAAGGAACAAAAAUUAGAACCUGUUACACCUAAUAAACCACCUAUCAUUGAUCGAGGAGAAGAUCUUCUAGGGUCUCCUUAUACUAAAAUAAUUCAAAAGACUAAAGGGUUAGAUUUAUUAUCAUCUCCAGAAAAAUGAUUAUUUUUUUGUUUUUACAACUAAACUGCCAUUAGAGUAGAUUUUUUAUUUAUCAGUAUUUUAAUUAUAAUUAUUAUUGACUAGAAAUCAAAAUGUUAAACUUGAUAAAAUAAUUUUUUUUCUGCAUGGUAUUAAAACUUUGUUGCCAAAUUUACUUAUAUUUUAAAGUUGGAUAUAAAUCCAGAAAAAAUUUUGCUUUAUUUACAAACUAAAUGUAUGAAUUGUACACAAAUGAUAUUUUAUAAUUUUUUACUUAUGUUCCAAACAUUUUUUUAUAGUGCACAUAAUUUAAUGAUAUUUUAUUAUUAAAAAUUCUUAUAGUCUCAA